AUGCUGAACAUGAAUAAUGCUUUAGUCGCAAAUGAUGAAUAUGAAGUUAUUGGUGAAGCCCAUUGGCAGAUAUUGGAAAACAACGCCGACGAUCAGGUCAUCAAGAUUUAUGGCUACAAGUACUCUAAAUUUCAUGCGGUCAUUUUUCAUAUUAUUUGCAUAAUACUAUGUGGGAUACCAUACUUCGCCUUAGCAUACUACCCUACAUUGAACCGCUUCAAAUACGUAAGAUGCAGUUUGAAAAUGGCUGAGGAAGUUUGUGUAAUGGACGGCGAGGGCUCUUUCCACAUUGAAGCCGUAAGGGAACUAGACCUGAGCCUCUCCAACCAGCGGGAGAAUAAACUGCGUUAUUUCGUAUACCAGCACAGCCGGUAUAUUUGGCUGAAUGAUUAUGGAGCCUUCAUCAACGUAUUAACGUUAAACGAAAAAGUUACGAUCAAUUUGUUAUUGGAAAAUAUGUCGGGCAUCAAUAAGAGGCAACAAAAUGAAUUGAUUAAAUUGUAUGGAGGAAAUUCUGUGGAAGUAGAGGUGAAAAGUUACUGGACAUUGUUUGUGAACGAAGUUUUCAAUCCGUUCUACCUAUUCCAAGUAUUCUCUAUAAUCCUAUGGUCGUUGGACGAAUAUUAUCAGUAUGCGACAUGCGUUUUCCUCCUCUCUGCCGGCUCGUGCAUGAUGGCGCUAUACCAAACUAAACAGAUGAGCAUCAACCUGCACAAGAUGGCGGGCUCGACGAGCGCGGCGACGGCGACGGUGCUGCGGCCGGCGCGCGGCGGCCGCGAGCAGUGCGUGGUGGGCGCCGGCCGCCUCGUGCCCGGCGACGUGCUGGUGCUGCCGCGCGACGGCUGCGUCAUGCCCUGCGACGCCAUGCUGCUCACCGGCACCUGCAUCGUCAACGAGUCGAUGCUCACCGGCGAAAGUGUACCCGUCAUGAAAGGCCCACCUUGCAUCUCCCCAGAAGCUUACUCAACAGAUUCGCAUAAGAGGCACACUCUCUUCGCAGGAACACACGUGAUUCAAACUAGGUUCUAUGGAAACAAUCAGGUGUUGGCUAAAGUAGUCCGCACCGGCUUCUACACUGCUAAGGGAGAGUUGAUUAAAAGUAUUUUGUUCCCGAAACAAUUCGAUUUUCAAUUCUACAAGGAUGCCGUCAAAUUUGUCAUAUUCAUGUUCUGCAUUGCCACUAUUGGAAUGGGAUACUCGAUUUGGCUCUACUUGAACAGAGGUAGCCUGGUGGGCACGGUCGCGCUGCGCACGCUGGACAUCAUCACGAUCGUGGUGCCGCCGGCGCUGCCGGCCGCCAUGACGGCGGGCGUGGUGUACAGCCAGCGCCGGCUGCGGCGCCGCCGCAUCUUCUGCGUGUCGCCGCCGCGCAUCGUCGUGUGCGGCAAGCUGCAGGUCAUGUGCUUCGACAAGACGGGAACACUAACUGAAGAUGGAUUAGAUUUAUACGCAGUCAUACCUCAUGAGUCCGGUGAGAAGUUCGGUCGUUGUGUGGACAACAUCGCUUCCCUGCCAAUAAAGAGUCCACUCGUACAAGCGCUGGCCUCCUGCCAUUCGCUAACAAGCAUUCAAGGUCAAUUGAAAGGCGAUCCUUUGGACUUGAAAAUGUUUGAAUUCACUCAAUGGAAAUUAGAAGAGCCAGGUCCAGAGAGCACAAGAUACGAUAACUUAACUCCGGCCAUUGUGAAACCGGCAACUAUUCAUAACGUAGACUUGCAAAAUUUAGAUGAUUACGAUCCUUUCACUAUGGAAAUGCCUUAUGAGAUCGGUUUGCUGCGUAGGUUCCACUUCUCGUCGUCCCAGCAGUCGAUGGGCGUGAUCGCGCGCGUGCUCGGACAGCCGCAGAUGGUGUACUAUGUGAAGGGAGCGCCGGAGAAGGUUGCAGGAAUGUGUAACCCGGCCACAUUACCGGACAACUUCAGCUCAGUACUUAAUGAAUACACUUCGAACGGCUUCCGAGUCAUCGGCCUCGCGUACAAGAGACUGGAGAGGAAGAUGAAGUGGGUGGACGCUCAGAGGCUGAAGAGAGAUACUAUUGAAUGUGAUAUGACGUUUCUAGGCUUUCUAGUCAUGCAAAAUAGCCUGAAACCCGAAACUGCACAAGUUAUUAAGGAAUUGCACGCGGCUAACAUGAGGCAGAUUAUGGUUACUGGGGAUAAUAUAAUGACAGCGAUGUCGGUGGCGCGCGGGUGUUGCAUGGUGCAGCCGCACCAGAAGGUGGUCCUCAUCACAGCCAACCAACAGACCGGGGAUCAGCGACCUACUCUUAAUAUGGAGGUGGUUGGUGAAGGUGGUCCCCCAAAGCUACCAAUAGAUGCAUAUGUACUGGCUAUGGAGGGCAAAACUUGGGCCGCCAUGCGCACACAUUAUCCUGAGCUCCUUCCAACUGUUAUCAACAAAGGGAUGAUCUUCGGUCGCUUCGGGCCGGAGCAGAAGACGCAGCUGGUGACGGCGCUGCAGGGCGCCGGCCUGGUGGUGGGCAUGUGCGGCGACGGCGCCAACGACUGCGGCGCGCUCAAGGCCGCGCACGUCGGCAUCUCGCUCUCCGAGGCCGACGCUUCUGUGGCUGCGCCAUUCACGUCGCAGGAACAAAAUAUACGCUGUGUGAAGCUGCUAGCGCUGGAGGGGCGCUGCGCCCUCAGUACGUCCUUCGCUAUCUUCAAAUACAUGGCUCUGUACUCCCUUAUCCAGUUCUUCUCUAUUCUUAUACUAUACAAUUUCUACUCUAUCCUGGGCAACAACCAGUUCCUGUACAUCGACCUGGUGCUGACGACGCUGCUGGCGCUGUCGCUGGGCCGCGCCUCCCCCGGGCCGGUGCUGACGCGCGCGUCGCCGCCCGUGUCGCUGGUGGCGCCCGCCUCCAUCCUGCCGCUGCUCAUGCAGGUGCUGCUGGUGCUGGCCAUGCAGCUCGCCUCCAUACACCUGCUGCAGACUCAGGAAUGGUUUAAACCAGUAGAAGGUGGACCAAAUGUGGAGCAAGUCAUGUGUUGGGAGAAUACAGUUAUAUUUAUAAUUACUUCAUUCCAGUAUUUAAUUAUGGCAUGUGUUUAUGCCAAAGGAUGGCCCUUCCGCCAACCGUUUUUCGCUAACUAUUACAUGGUGGUGACAUUAGUGACUCAGGCUGUAUUUGUGACGGUGCUUUUGCUCUGCCCAUGGAAAUGGCUGGCCGAUUUCAUGGAAGUUGAAGUUAUGAAGGUGGAAGAAAGUGAACAGAAUAUAUUUAGAGUGUAUUUGCUGCUCAUUCCUGUGCUGCAUUUAAUGCUGGCUAUAGCUAUUGAGGCGACAUUAUCCGACCAAGAGCGUUUCGCGAGUCUGUUCCGGUUCCUGCGCAGGAGAUGCUCGGAUAAAGAGGAAGCGGCGGGCGACGCGGCGAGCCCGCUGUGGCCGGCGCCCGCGCCCGCGCCCGCGCCCGCGUGC